UAACAUUUUCAAAAUAUCUUCUUUUGUGCUUUGCAGAAGAAAAUAACACAGGUUUAAAGUGAGUAACACAUGGUGAGUAAAUAAUGCUAAAAUUGCCAUUUUUAAGGUGAACUAUUCCUCUAAGUUUUAGGAACAGGAUAAAUUUGCCCUGGCAGGGUCCUUGAAUGAAGACCACAGCGGUCUGCACGGACUUUCACAGAACGGGAUUGCCUGUCAUUCCCAAGCUCUACACAUUUCUUGUAGGUUCCAUGAAUGUUGAUCCAAUAUCAUGCGUUCAUCAACCAAUAAGAAAGCAGAUCUCAGUUUAAAACUCAGUUUAAAUAAUACCGUCUUUAAAGGAACACUUCACCCAAAAAUUAACAUUCUGACAUUCUUUACUCACCUUCAAGUUGUUUCAAACCUGUAAACAUUUAAUUGUUCAAGUAUGUGGGAAACUACACAGUGGGGGCACCAUUGACUAGUAUUAUGCUUUUCCUACUAUAGUAGUCAAUAGUGCCCCAGAAUGGUUUGGUUACAAACAUUCCUCCAAAAAUCUUUUUUUUGCGUGUUCAGCAGAAAAACAAACUUUAUACAGAUUUGAAACAAUUUGAAGGUGAGAAAUAAAUGACAGGUUUUUCCUUUUUGACUGAACUAUUCCUUUAACCUUUUACAAUCAAUUCACACAAGUGAGCCAUCAUCCUAACAAGAUUUAAAACUCAUUGUGCUAAAAGAAUACUUACUCAGUCCUGAGGUUUCAUCCACAUCAAACACACACCUGUCUCAAUCAUCUUUAUCGGCAAUAACUAUUCACACCUUCCCGACUAUCUGUCUAUCGUUAGCAAAAUACAAACUGAUGGGUGGAGAACACGUUGCUGUAAAUGCCAAGUCACAUCCACGUCUGACACCAAGACAAGAUGGACUGUUAACAAAUCUUUUGUAGUUGUAAAACAAUUCAACAAAUUGGUCCAUUUAUAAAUGAGAUAUAAAGCUCAGAUGACCUGUGUGACACAAUAAAGGGACAAAUGACAUAAAUCUGAAAUAGAUUGUGGCAGGUCCAAAAUAGUCAUUGACAGCAGGUGAAAAAUAAUGCUGGGAAAUCAAAAAGUGCUAAUCACAUGACUUUAAUGGGAGGGGGUAGCAAAAUAAAUAGGCUUAAAAACUUUUAAAGGGGGGGUGUAUCUGAUAGCUUUGUUGUCGACAUCAAAGGCUGUGGCAUCCAAUCUGGCUCUAUAGAAAUAUGAGGUAGAGUCACCAUUUUUGGAAUCAGGCAUUUGGGGACGGACCGCCACAAAGAACCGCGAUAUUGUCGAUAACCGUGAUAUUAAACCCAUGAUCAUUUGCAUUGUUAGUUCUACACAUCAGCAAAAGUUUAAACGCUUGCCUUAAGCAUCACAAUGGUCACAAACUCUGCAUACCUACAUAUUUUGAGUGUGGUUUAUUGACCAAAAAAAGAGAAAAACUAAAUACUGACAAAAAAAUAUUUUUUCUAUAAUAGCAAUAUUUCUGUGCCCAACAAUCAUGAUAUUGUUACAGGCUUACUAAGCUAGGUUAUAUACAUGCUCAAAUGUUUAUCAAACCUAUGCGAGACGAGACGAAAUAUCCCUUAAUUUAAAUAGGGAUUCUCUCUUUUUAGGACAGAUCAGUUGAGAGGGCCAUGUGGCAGCUUUGGCAUGGUCACACUUGCGGGACAGCACUAACUGCUGCGACUUAACUAUGCGUCAGAAAGGGAGCAUCCUGUUGACGUUAUAUCGUUAGUGCUUGAUGUUGAUUCCGCAGGAGCUAACAAAAGCCCGCUGGAGUCCUGUGAUUAAAAGCCACCUUUGUUUUCUCAUUAGGGCUUCCAGGUUAGCAAAAGGUGUGAGCCGCGGCCCCUUCAUGGGGCAGACCAACAUUAAAACAGGCCUUGACAAACACCAGGCAUCGCAGAAACCUCAAAGCUUUAAAUACAGAGGAUAAUCUGAAUGCAUCAGUGCUCAUCUGGAAAGAUUAAUAACAUGUCAUUUAAAUUAAUUUUGGAUGAAACAGGGGUGUCAUAAUCUUGUUUUGUCACAGCAAGGCAUGACUCACUUAUGUCUACCCUUUUUUUUAACUCCAGACUACUAUAACUAUAUAGGUUGUGUGUGGAUGUCCAAACUUUGCCAUGUGAAUAAUUGUCACAUGACCGGUGAAGUAACCUUCACAGUUUUAAAAACUGCGUAAGAGCUUUGCAUAUUCACCCAGCAAGGACUUUUUAAAAGUACCGGGGGGUCUGAAAAGGUGAAACACGCAUGGGAGGGAUCUUGACGUCUAUCAUUUUGGCGCAGUGAGGCAUCCAGACGCGCAGAGCGCACUGCGCCUCUUCACAAGUGACAGCGCCAACACAACAUCAGGAGCGCGGUGGGCCGACAGCUCCACUACAAUGAAUCACCGCAUUUUAACUGUUAUUUAAAGAUUUAGAAAGCGGCCUGCGUUGGUAUAAAACAUAUGAUGGAACUCCAUAAUCUCCUGGACUAUACGUGGAUAAGUUUUUCUCCAAGUGGGAUUUAUCUGUGUGUAUUUGUUUACGGAGACGCGCAUCUGAGGGGCUUUUAGAGAUCUGUCGCUUCUGCGCUCUUUAUUAGCGUAUGGAUUUGACUCAGCUCAUUUAAUCAGAUCACAGCGAGCUGGAUUAUCGUUCGGGAAAAUCCUGGAUACAACAUUCAAUUGUCUUCCCACAAUGUAUGGAAUAAAUCAGCGCUGCUUGUACAUCUCCUUUCAUUUCUUCGUGGUGUGGUGUCAUGCACAGGGGGAGAAGAAUCACCCUUCUCCUAAUUUUAAGCAGUAUGUGAGGGAACAGGGCUCACUGACGGACCAGUUGAGCCGGCGGCAGGUCCGAGUCUACCAGCUGUACAGCCGAACGAGCGGCCGACACGUGCAGAUCCAGGGCAAGAGAGUGAGCGCCACCGCAGAGGACGGCAACACUUUCGCAAGACUUUAUGUGGAGACAGACACGUUUGGAAGUCGUGUCCGGAUCAAAGGAGCAGAGAGUGGCAGAUACCUGUGUAUGAACCGCAGAGGGAAACUGGUGGGCAAGCCCAAUGGCAGAGGAAGGGACUGCAUCUUCACAGAGAUCGUGCUUGAGAACAACUACACUGCUUUCCAGAAUGCUAAAUAUGAAGGCUGGUACGUGGCCUUCAGCAGGAAGGGUCGGCCUAUCAAGGCUUCCAAAACCCGGGAGAACCAGCGAGAAGUCCACUUCAUCAAGCGACUCCACAAAGGUCCACUUCCUUUCCCGAACUCGGACCAGCCCAAACACUUUGAGUUCAUUAGCUUCCCACCAACUCGACGGGCUAAGCGCAACAGAAAAUCCCACACUGCUUCCUAACGCCGAUCUACACAAACUCAUGAGACUUUCUUUUAAUAAUAAAAAGAUGCAGCUUUAUUUUUAUAUAUUUUCGUACUUAACGGACUUGAAAAAGCCAACGACACUGAAUGGAUGCGCAUU